AAAGUCGUGACGUGAAGACGAGAUAAUUAGAAUAUAUGGUACAAUAAAAUUAAGGUCAUCUAAGAUAAGUCCGGACAUAUAAAGAAAUCAGCAACCUCAAACUCGAACAUUGACGCAAAAUGGGAUCCAGAGCUCUAAUUGCAGUACUGGUGUUUGUCGUAACGGUGUAUGUUGAGGCGGGUCAAGUCUGUCAAGGAAGUCCAAGAAUGCACAAUGGUAAGAGGUGUGCCUCGACAACGUGGUACGUAGAUGGACAUAAAGGUGCUUGCGGCUGUGGCCCUGAUAAUAGUGACAAUCAGUAUUCAUGGAAUCAUAAUCACUUAGUCACUGCCCCUAGCCAACACUUCUUUGACAGUCAAGGCAAGACAUGGUGCGGUGGUGCUUGUGGAAAAUGUAUCAAACUCACGACCACAGGUGGUUUUGUUGAUGGUCAAGGAGGUCAUGUAUCCGCGGGCCAAAGUCAUGUCUUUAUGGUGACCAAUCUAUGUCCAAACGAAUACCCAAACCAGAGCUGGUGUAAUCAGAGCCCGGGGAAUGGAUACAAGAACCAGUACGGAUAUGGCGAGCACUUUGAUCUUGAGGAUGGUGCAGGUCAAAUUGAUGCUAUUGGUUGGAAAGGAAAGAAUCCAGAGGUUACGUGGGAAUGGAGUAGUUGUCAUGGUGGUAACACACCCACCAGUGGACAGUAUUCACAAUGUUUCUGCUCACACAGUGGCAAAAAAUAAACUUAUGCUUUAUUGAUCGAA